AGGGUGGGUGUGCUCCGAGCGCGCACCGCCGCCGCCUCAGCCUGCGCUCCGCCCGCGCCGCGGCUCCCGGCUCGGCCCCAGCACCCAGCACCCCGCACGCCGGCUCCCCAGCGGCCAUGGGUGACGCGGGGCCAGCGGUGUAGUCCGCCACCCGGACCGCGUCCCGCACCCUGACAGUCCGGAGCCAUGGGGGUGUUGAUGUCCAAGCGGCAGACAGUGGAGCAGGUGCAGAAGGUGAGCCUGGCUGUGUCUGCUUUCAAGGAUGGGCUGCGGGACAGGCCUUCCAACCAACGCACAGGUGAGCUUCCAGGGUCCCACCAUGACACUGUAGAGGGCUCUGUCCAGGAGGUGCAGGAGGAGAAAGAAGCAGAGGCAAGCACCUCCGUGCUCCAAGAAGAGAGCAGCAUCAACCGUGCAGCCUGGGAGAGGCUCCGAGACGGGCGCGGAGUGGAACCUGAGGAGUUUGACAGGAACAAUCGUUUUACCCCUCCUGCCUUCAUCCGCCCUACCCGGAAGCUGGAUGAUGACAAGCCUCCAGAUAUCUGCUUGGAACCCAGAGAGCCUGUCGUCAGUGAUGAGAUGUGUGAUGUCUGCGAGGUCUGGACGGCCGAGAGCCUCUUCCCGUGCAGGGUCUGCACCAGGGUUUUUCAUGACGGCUGCCUGCGUCGCAUGGGCUACAUCCAAGGAGACAGCGCGGCAGAGGUGACCGAGAUGGCACACACGGAAACAGGCUGGAGCUGCCACUACUGUAACAAUCUCAACUUGCUGCUAACCGAGGAGGAGAUGUAUAGCCUCACAGAGACCUUUCAGCAGUGCAAAGUCAUCCCUGAUUGCUCUCUGACGCGGGAGGACUUCCUGCGCUACCGCCACCAAGCAGCAAAGCGGGGGGACAGUGACAGGGCUUUAAGCGAGGAGCAAGAGGAGCAGGCAGCCCGCCAGUUUGCAGCCCUGGACCCUGAACAUCGAGGACACAUAGAGUGGCCUGACUUCUUGUCCCAUGAGUCCCUCCUGCUUCUGCAGCAAUUGCGUCCCCAGAACUCUCUGUUAAGGCUCCUGACAGUCAAGGAGCGGGAGCGAGCCCGGGCCACCUUCCUGGCGUGGGGCAGUGGGAGCACCAUCAGUGAGGCAGAGUGCCACCGUGCUCGGCACUCGUGGUUCCACAAACUCCUCCCAGAGGCUCCUUCCUCCAGUGUCAGCAUCAGCCAUGUGGGUCCCAUAGCAGACAGCAGCCCAGCCAGCAGCAGCAGCAAGAGUCAGGACAAGGCCCUGAUGCCCACAGAGCGUGAAUCCAGAUCUGUGGACUGGCCUACCUUCCUGCGGGAGAAUGUCAUCUACAUCUUGGCUGCCCGCCCAAACAGCGCAGCCAUUCACCUGAAACCCCCAGGAUAGCAUGGAGCAGAGAAGCUGAAUUCUGGGACAGUGGCAUUCUCUCCUUUUCCCUUUUCCCUCUCCCCCACCAACCUCUGGUACUGAGGCUUAGGAGGACGGAGCACUGCCAGCAUCUCAGUUUUUCACCAAGUUAUGGCACUGAAAUCACCAUUCCCCUCACAGCAGAGGCAGUAAACGCACUGCCACAGGGAGAUGCCCUGGGAGCUGUGGCAGCACCAGUCCCGGACACACCCACCCACCUCCACAUGAUAGACGGGACCCACCACUGCACAUGUAUAUGCCUGCACACUCACCCCUUGCAGCCCAUGCCUUCAGAGACCUGGUUCUUUUGGUUUAAAAGGACCAAAGUUCCUUUGUGAAGCCACUGGUAUAGAUGAGGGGUCUUGACUCACCCCAUUCUAUUGGCCAGUUCCAAUUCCAUUAGAUAAGACACUGGCCAAGCGAUUCUUAAUAAGGGGCAUAUCAGACCCACGAGCUGUCCUGGAGAUGCUGACAGGUUCCCUUUCCCCCAUUGAAAAUCCCUCCUGUGCUGAGCCACUGUUCUGGUAGGUGUGUGCUAUGUCCCUCAGGGGUGUUGGGGUGGGAAAUGGUUAAAAACCACCACUGCACUUCAGCACAUGAUUUACUUAAAUUCCAAUUCCUGGUAACAGAGAAGGUAACGAGUCUGUGGAGCCCUAAUUAGAAAAGGGGGAGGCAGUCCCUCCCAGGGACCCAGAAGUCUAGGAACUUCUUAGCCAGGUCAUUCAAGUCCUUUUAAAGUCUUUAGAAGAGCUGCCAAAAAUCAAGGUGAGCCAUCCUGGCCCUUGUUUUUCAGAUGCGAGCUCAUGGCCCAGAGCCCACGGGGCCUGAAUGGAAUAAGUAUGAUGGCAGGAGUCACCGCCCUCUGUGUUACAUGCUUCACCCAAGUCAGCUACCAGGGAGACCUGCAGCCUGAGCUCCAGUGAGGACAAGGUCUGGAUGGAAGAAAAGAGGCGAAGGCUCAUGCUUCCAGCUCAACUCAACUGUAGACCUAGAAAAGUGUGCCAUUGUGUGGAGAACAGAGCCAGCCUCUUCCACAGACGAAGAAAGAACAGCUCCACAGAAACUCUGAGGAGGGACUUCUUUCAACCACCCUGGCAAAGAGGAUAAGAGGCUGGAUCGAAGACGAGGAUCUGCAUCUCAGCUCUCUUAAGCAGAUAAAAUUCCAGCAAAGCCUCACAGAAGGACUGUUUUCUCUUCUCCCCAUCACUGAGAUACAGCCUGAGUUGCUACUUCUCCCCACUGUUUGCUACAUGUUCUUCUCCACCAGGAUAAGGCCUGGGCCUAGAAUGGGAGACCUUUGGGGACAAGCAGAGGCUGCCACAAGGCCACCAAGCCUGGCCUCCACGCCCCAGCAAUCCUUCCUAAGUUCUCAAGUCGGUGCCUGUUGUGGGUCAGCCCUGGUCCUUGGGUUCAGGUUUCUGUUUCCAACCUAAUGGCAGGUUUAGCCAGAUCUGACUACCAAGAGUUAUUUGAGAGGGGGUUGGCUCUAUAUGCAGAAGCUAACAUAUCUCCAUUGCUCAAGUAAUUUGUACUAAAUUAGGUGUUUACAAAAGCAGUAGCAUACAGCUCAGUGUUGAGAUGCUUAGAGGAAAGAGGGGAGCCACAACGAGGAGUAUGGUAUGGUCUCCUGAAGAAACUGCCUGACCUGGAAGCAGGGUGAGAAGCUUCUGAGGUUGGAUUAUUUAGGACUAAAAUGAGACAGCUAGAAGAUGAGACUGGGUUCGUGUAUAUGACCCUGGAAAAUUCAAAACCCACAGCUUUUUUAAUAUUGAUUUUUGUUGUUGUUAAUCCUCACCCAAGGUUAUUUUUUCCAUUUAUUUUUAGAGUACAAGGGGGAGGGGGGGGAGAGAAACAUUGAUGUAAAAGAGACCCAUCGAUUGGUUGACUCCCAAACGCGCUCUGACUGGGCCCAGAGAUUGAACCUGCAACCCAGGUACGAGCCCUUGACUGGGAAUUGAACCCACAACCCUUCAGUGCACAAGCCAAUGCUCUAACCGCUGAAUGAACACACUGGCCAGGUCCAAAACCCACAGGUUUUUGUAAAUAUUUCUUACCCAUACUCUCAGGAUGAUCAAUAGGAGGGGUCAUUAUUCAGCCCAGCCAAAAGAAAGAAAAGAAAGAGAAAGCACAUGACUCGGGCUAAAGGACUGCAUCUGAAGCAGCCAGGCCUAAGAAGAUUAAAGCACAUUAAGCACAGGGCCUCCUGCUUACUCUCCUGGCAAAUCACUUUCUACAUCAAUGGCCUUGGGCUGCUGGAUCUCGUGGACAGGGCAUUUUGAGUAAAGACACGCUCUGGACUUUGAGAACUGACAGCUUUUUUUCUCCUGCCUCAUCAUCAGUCACAGGGACUAGAAGUCUACCCUCUUGUUCCCUGACCUUUACAGAUCAAGGGGAUGCCUGUCUCUCUGGAGAUGCAGCUUCUAGCUUUCCAUGGGUGAGUGGUGACAGGCCAGGGGCCAGGUCAGGCUAGCUGGAUCCCUAGGCCUGGCAGAGCAGACCCCAGAGCUCUUCCACAACAGGAUCGGCCCCAUUUGGGAUCACCUCUCCCUAUUCCAGGACAGCAAGCUUCCUUGGUAGGGCAUGCUGCAGAGGGCCCAGGGAACAUUGCCCGCAGCAAAAGGUAGAGUCCCCCGUCCACAGGAGUCCCAGGAAGCAGAAAAGCAUCGAAAAGCAACCAGCUUCUGUAGGCAUCUAAUGUUUUACCAAAGGAGAGGUUCCAUAGUCCUCCCCAUCCAGCGUUGCAGAAGCCCCACCCCAGCCCCUGUUCAGGAUUUCCCUUUGUAGUGUCCUAAUCCAUGGAGCCCUUUUAUCAACCUAGUGAACUCAAUUCUCUAUCCUUUUCAAGCCCUUUCAUCACUGUGACGGUCUGAAAUUCUGCCAAGCACAAAAAUUGCUGUCUGACUCUAAGAAGGAUAAGAGAAAAUGUUUCCGUCUUUUCCUGGCAGACCAAAACUGGGAUCAGUGCUUUUCCCAAGAACUCCCCCUCCCCCCACCAAGAGAAGCUGGAGUGACAUAUAUGCUCCUCUGAAAACCAUCUGCCCAAGCCUGGUUUUCACCCAACCGUCCUCUUCCCCAUGCUCAAAUUUAAGGACAGGGACCUCUGGAUGACACAAUGAAGCUGCAGCAACAGAGGGUCAGCUGAGACAGUAGCUAUGGCCACAUGAUGUCUCUAGGUCUGCUUCGUGGCUUCCUGUGCUAAGACCAGCCUUCCCCAACAGAUCCAGGCUCUACACUUUUGAGCAAUGAUCACUUUGGGUCCCAGGGAUGGAGCAGUUCCUCACUCCUAGGUACUGUCCCACUCUCAAGUGCUCUUCUUCCUUUGAGGACAGCCACAGCCAAAGCCAUGAGCACAUUGCCUCUUCCUGCCCUCAGCCCAAGUGACUGGGGCUGCAGGGCUGACACUGGCCUUUCUGGCCCUGGUGCUCCCUGUGGGAUGUCACCCUGGCCUUGUUUGAGUGGCCAACUCUGGGGGUUCCCCCAUUCCCAUCACCAAUAUGGGAAGCACAGAAUCAAACUGCCUGGGAAGAGGACGCCUCGCGGGGGGUAAGCCCAGGAUUGUGCCUGGGCCUCUUAGGCCAAAGCACAACCUCAACCAUUGCAGGUCUCACAGCUUUAGUAAGAGUGAUGCCAGGAAGCCCUAAAGCCAAGAGGGAAGCUCAGCAGAAGCUGUCUGGCAGGGCCCCAGACCAGCCCUGACCACCCCAGAGCCAAGAGUAACCUCCAGGUAGGACUGGUAGCAGGCUCUAGUGGCCCUGCAAGCAUGUCCUCUUCCAACCAGCAGGGUAAAGGCGCCAUGAGGCAGAACAACCUUGAUGCCACAAUUUCAGGACAUCCUGGCAGCACCUGUAACCACACCCCGUUCACCCCUCUCUUACAGUGGACUAACAUUGCUACCUUCUCCAGGCCAUUUAGUGUGAAUUUGCCCAGGAUCUCUCUCUGGGCUCUUGCCUGCAGCCUAGACAAUAGAGACUCCCCUGAGUGGAGGAUACUAAUGCACAUGCCUGGACUGGGCACUUUCCCUGCUGUUGCUUUCCUGCUGCCACUGCUUCUGGCAACCUUCAAAACAGCUUAUGGAAUUUCCACUGGACCCAACUAGCACUAAGGAAAACCUUGUUCCCUCUGGACCACGUGCCCUGAUGACCCAGAUCAUGGAGACGGUGAAAGGUCUGGUCUGGGCCACUAAGAAGCCUAAUCACAGUGCGUACAGAAUGGGUUGGUGUGUCCACGGACAUGAACAAGGUAUAAGUAUCAAGGCCUUUCCAUAUCGUAGCCUCCUUUAAAAGAUGGCCGAUGCUCUGUCUCUCAGCCAAAUUCAGGCUUGUGAGGUGGGUUCUGAGAGCACUCGAGUAACAGUGGGGUCCUAUGUCCUGUGGUCCUUCAUGCCCUUCCUCUGUGCUUCUCUGAGGAAGGUGACUUGACAGUAGCUGAGGGGAACAUCCCCAAGCCCUGUCUCCGCAUCAUCCCAGCUGCAUGCUCCUCCCCACGCUCAGCUUUCACUCUAGAAGGAGCUGAUGCUCCAGGGGGUGAACACAGUGGAAAUCAUAAUAAAGAGAUUGUGAUGCUAUGUCA